AUUAGUUAAAAGUGACGAUGUCUUGAGAAUUUUGGAGGAACUGAUUAGGCUGCCAAAAAAAAAAAAAAUUGACAGCAGAGUCUCUGGUGAGCUUUCUAGCUUUGUUGAAAAUGAGAUUCCCCUCUUGAAGGGGAAUCGGCAAGAAGCUUUGUUUCUGAGAGGAGAAUUAGAGCGCAUGAGAGCUUUGCUGAAGAUUGCAGAUGCUUUGGAAGAAAGUGAUGAGGAGCUCAAAGUGUGGCUUAAGCAAGUAAGAGAGAUUGUUUAUGAAACAGAAGAUGCUCUUGAUAAAUACAGACUUAUUCAAGCACAUAAUCAAUGUCAUGGGCUUGGACUCUAUGGUUAUCUCCACAAAUUUUCAUGUCGUAUCAAGAGCAUGAAGGCUCGUUCUCGUAUUAUUUCUGAAUUAAAUUGCAUCAACUCCAGCAUCAAAAAUAUUUCCGAGGUUCAUGAGAGGCUGCGUCCAAAAUUCACUAGAGCCGAACAAGGUUCAGGCAUCACAAUGGAAGGAAAUACAUGGGAGUAUCGUCGAGGGGAUGCUCUUCUUCUCGACAAGACUAAUUUACUUGGGAUAGAUGAGCGUAAGCAGCAGCUGGUGGAGUGGCUGGUAAAGGGUGGUUAUGGACGUGAAGUGGUUUCUGUGGCAGCAAUGCGUGGAAUGGGGAAAACUACCUUGGCAAAGCAAGUAUAUGAUGAUCCAGAAGUGAAGAAACACUUCAAAAGACGUGCAUGGAUCACUGUUUCUCAAUCUUUCAAGAUGGAAGAACUCCUCAGAGACAUGAUCCAUCAAAUCUACAGCGUAGUCAGCAGACCAGUUCCAGAAGGUUUAGACAGCAUGAACAAAGACCGGCUGAGAAGAAUAGUCAAGGAUUUGCUCCAGAAAAGGAGGUACUUGAUUGUCUUGGAUGAUGUAUGGCACUUGUAUGAAUGGGAUGCUCUCAAAUAUGCCAUGCCUAACAAUAACUGUGGCAGCCGGAUAAUCCUCACCACACGUAAUAUAGAUGUGGCCUCCUCCUCUGGUGUCGAAUCCGUAGGUAAGGUCUAUAACUUGAAGCCCUUAACACCAGAAGAAUCAUGGCAACUUUUCAGCAGGAAGACCUUUCAAGGGGAUGCAUGCCCUAGUUAUCUCAAGGAAAUCUGUCAAUAUACUUUAAGAAAGUGUGAGGGACUUCCCCUUGCAAUUGUGUUAAUCAGUGGUGUUUUGGCUACAAAAGACAAGCGCAGGACUGACGAGUGGAAUAUGGUUGGCCGCAGUCUUGGGGCUGAAAUUGAUGGAAAUUAUCUGAAGAAAGUACUUUCGCUCAGUUUCAAUCAUUUGCCAUUCUACCUAAGAUCUUGUUUUCUAUACUUGAUCAUAUUUCCAGAGCACUGUCGUAUUGAGCAAAUGAGAGUAAUACGAUUAUGGAUAGCAGAGGGAUUCAUUGAAGCCAAAGAAUGGAAAACACUGGAAGAAGUUGCAGAGGACUACCUCAAUGAACUGUUGAAUAGAGGCCUACUGCAAGUGGCAGGCACAACCACCAACGGAAGGGUCAAACUGUAUCGCGUCCAAGACCUGCUCCGGGAGAUCAUCAUGUCAAAGGCUAGAGAUCAGAACUUCACCUCCAUAGCUAAGGACCACAACAUGACGAGACCUGAUAAGGUAACGAUUUAUAAUCGACUCGACCUUUUUGAGGAAAUUUUUGAAAAGCUAAGAAGUCCAGAUGAUUUUUUGAUAUUUCAG